AUCACAUAUUAUCAGUUCUUGUUUAAAAACUAUAAAUUAUACUAAAUAUUACUAUUACAAAGUAAUUUCAUUGUUCAAAGAAAAUUAAUAAUUAUUUAGUGAACAAGCGAAAAUACUCGAAAAAUGGUUAAAGUUAAUAUAGCAGCAGAUGUACCUCUAAUCCCAUAUGACUUAGGGUACGAAGAGACCUUAUUACAAUUAAUUAAAUCACUGGAUUAUUUAGAUAAAGUUGUUGAAUCUGUAUAUGACCACGUACGAGGUAAUAUAAGAUCACAGAAAUGUGAAAUUGACAAAUUGAAUAAUAAGUUGUCUACCAUAACCAACAAAGUGCAACAUUUGUCACAAAUUAAUAAAUCAAUUCAGGUUUAUUCUAGUUCUAAAUAUCCUGCAACUCAUUGUCAUAAAGAUUAUAACUACAGUUAUCAUUUUGAAAUUAAAUCUGAUGUUGUGGACCAUAUUGAAGUUGUUCAUAAUACGUAUCAGCCAGCUAAUCCAAUUAAUAAACUCAAAUUUUACAAUAUCGAUUUGCCAGUUAAAAGAUCAUUUAAAAACAAAGAUAUCAUACACAGAAAAGGUAUAGGCAGUAUCCCAGAUGACGCUAAGUAUAUAAAUUCUUUAUUAUUAUUUAACUCAAAUGAAAAUUUAUAUAAAAACUAUAAUCUAUCUAAACCAUUGGGCAAUAUAAACACGACAUUAAUUGAUGAAAAAACUGAUUAUGUCAAUAAUUUAAAUAGACCAGUUUUUACACUGCCUUUAAAUGAAACUGAAAAUCAGUUUAAUUAUUCUUAUACUCCAAUUUAUGAAGAAAUACCUUCCAUUGAUGUACCAGCCGAUUUACCAGAUUUGCCUGGAAUCGCCGGUGAUAUAAAUUAUAGAGAAAUCGAUGUGACGACAGACUUGCCAGUAGUUUGUGAACCAUCAUCUGUAGUCGAUCUUCCUACUUUUGAUGAAUUAGAUAAUUUGAAAAAUGAUGAUACAUCUGAAAGCUCUGUUUCUAACGUAGAAGAAAAUAUUGUUUCCAAUCAAGAGCCCACAAACAUUUUAGUAACUGAUGAAAAUAAAGAAGUUAUUGAUACUAAACCAAAUAAAAACGAACAAAACCCCAGUGCAAACUAUCAUAAUAAUAUUAACACACAUAGCGUACUUAUGGAUGAAAUAAGAAACGCUGGAGGAAUGCAAAAAGCUAAGUUAAGACCUGUAUUUGAAAGGGAAAAAAGUGAUAAUGAAGUACCACCCACUGAGGGUUUAAUGGCUGAUUUACAUAAAAAAUUAGCUAUGCGUAGACAAGGGAUAUCCGGUACCAAUAAACAAAAUGACAGUGGUUUAGAAGGCGUAAUUUAUCGCAUGGCCUCAAAAAUGUUACCACUUGAUCCAGAGUCUGAAAGUGAAGUUGAUGAAAGCAAUGACACGGAGGGCGAUUGGGAUGAUUAGCUUUUGUAGUCUAUUAAAAUUUCUGAGCUAUAUUUUUAAUUUUUUCUAAAGUAAAUUAAUUUUGUUAUAUCAAAUAAUAAUGUAAAAGAUAUAUUAUUUAUACUACUGUUAUGGUGAGACUAAUAAAAAAAAAAUGUUUUGCAA